UUUAACAGCUGUUAUGUGUUAUGUCGGUGACGGGUGGUAGAGAUGGAUCAGGUUUGAAUGAAUGAACGACAUGAUAAAAUUACGUUUAACACCGUUAAAAAAACGAGUUAAAUCGUUAUUUUAACGCGACUGUCCUGGUCUAGAGAAAAAGCGGUCGCGAUGUAAUUUUAAGCCCAACGAUGGAUAUUUUCGCUAUAUUCUUUUUGUCUUUGGUUUCCCUUGUGUUUGGUAUUAUUUUAACGCUGUGCGUACAGUAUUAUGUCGUGUAUGUUUACUUGAGAAAAGGUCCCAUCGCCCAUCCAUAUUACCCCAAAAAUUCUCUAGAUUAUUCCCUGCCUAUGGUAAGUAGCGGAACCCUUUUGUUUGCUCCUGUCAUACCCGCCGCAAAAUUCCAGGCUAUAAAGAAGCAAUUGGAAGGCGACUUGGCCGACAAAGGCAAAGGAGGCCUGGCCGUGAGUCUCGUUUUGCAGUUCCUGUUUCACGAGCUCAGACACUCUGAAUCGAUUCGCAGAUGGCUUUAUAAAAAACUUACGUUGGAAUUGGACGAGCUUUUGACUAAGACCACAGUGGGAAAAUUUUUCGACUCUAUUAACAUUAAAGACAUGCAUUUGGGCAGCCAGUUUCCAGAUAUAAAAGAUAUAGCAAUCGAUAACGUAAAGCUCGAUAAAAACGAGGAACAUAUCGAAACGGUGAGCCUGUGCCUCGACGUCGACUAUGCCGGCAAUUUUUUGCUUAGCGUAGACGCGAGAAUGAAAUUCGGUAAAACCGCUUACCUUUCUAUCAAGGUCAAAAGAAUCAGCGGUUUGGUGAGACUGCAGUUUUCCCGACAACCUUACACACACUGGUCAUUUAGCUUCUUCAAUGAACCCACCUUAGAUUUAGCGGUCGAAUCCCAUUUCCAGGGUAGGCAAUUACAAUCAAACGUAACCAACCUCAUUAUGAAUCAAAUAAAAAAGGCUAUUAAACGCAAACACACCUUGCCAAAUUAUAAGAUAAGGUACAAGCCAUUCUUCGUGAAAACCGACCCGAGCCAGCUGGACCUCGAAGAGGGCGAGGCGCUGCUGCAGGGGCUGCUCGAGGUCAACUUGGCGGAGGUCUCGAGGCUCGCUGUACCUCAUAACGCUUUAAGCGUCUACUGCACCGUCGCCGUGGAUUCGAUCCCCUGGAUCUCUUUGUAUCAAAGGGAAGACGGUAGCAUCUGCAUGACAUUGGAAAUAACCGUGGUGAAGCUAAAACAAGCCCAGUUGGGCGCCAUUUUUCGCCAGGAGACCGGCUGCGUCGUCGUUGACAGCGUGGCUGUCAAUUCCUGCGCGCAGCAGGCCGGCUUACGCUCCUGCGACGUGGUGAUUUCGGUGGAGAACAAGCUGGUCAGCACCGUUCCCCAAGUGGGGAAGUUCAUGAAAUCGAUAUCGGGAACGAGCGUAACCCUGAGGGUGGAGCGCGUCGUGGAUAAUUACGUUAUAAGGUGCCGAGGCGUGGAAGAAAGUAGGGAUACCGUCGAUGCGAAAUGCGACGACGACGAGCCGGAACUUACGCAGACCGAACACGAGUCUUUCGUCAUGGUGGACAACGUGAAGAAAGACGAGCGCAAGAACCGCUCGCCGAAGAUGAUGCCCAGCAACGAGAACAUGACGAAACUGGCGCAGACAAUCAGUAGUUUUAGUCUGAGAAAGCGGAAAGGCGGGGCGCCGGGCACGCCCCAAAAAUCCCGACCUGUCGCGUCUAAAAAAAGCUCCACCUGCGACCUGCCCGAGAUCGUGCGGACUGAUUUGGACGGGUUCGAGUCCGAGCAGAUAUUCUCGUUGGUGGAGGUGUUCAAGGGCAAAGAGCUGCCGGUAGACGCGCUGCUGCCCUUCGACGACGACUUCCGCUUCGCGCCGAAAGAUGGCGCCAGAUACGUCAACGUCAACGCGUGGGCGACGGUCGCCGACGCGCCCGACAUCCUCCUCGGCUACCUGAACGUCCCGUUGGCUCACGUCGCGUUCGAAUGCGCCGCCAGCGUCCUUGGUCACCAUUCACGACGCUAUUCGUUUCUUCCGCCGGGCGUCGCGACGACGAGCUCGGCGCACCCGCUGAAGGCCCACUCAGGGUUCGAGCACGUCUUCUGUUUCGGCGACGCGUUGCUGUGCUUCGCGUGGACCGCGGCGGAGGGCGGCGACGCGACCGUCGCGCGGUCUGCGCCCCCCGAAGAGAAGGGAGAAGUCUCGGCUGUCGGCGGCAGCAAGCACGAUUUCAUCAGGACGCAGUUCCACGGGACCACCCAUUGCGACUUUUGCACCAAGAAGAUAUGGCUUAAAGAUGCGGUCCAGUGCCGGCAGUGCGGGAUGUCGUGCCACAAAAAGUGCGUGGUAAAGUGCCAAAACAAUAACGGGUGCAGCGUGGAGCGACAACGGGGCGAAGUCUCGCUGUCGGACGUGGUAUUGCAGGCGGACGGAGCGACGUCGGUCGAGGAGACUGAACAGCUCGGUGGAAGUCUGAAGCGCGUAAACAGCGUCACCAGCUUAACGGUGCCUGGGUCCCCGUCGUUGUCGUCGUCGAAAAGCCUUCCGCCCAGUCCCCAACGCACGCCCAGUCGGAAGCAGUCACUAGCCUGUCUCAAUCCGUUCACGCUUUGUCCCGCGGCACUGGAAGAGGUGUCCAGAAGUCCGCGCGAUGCGUCGGAGACGGUGACCACGCUACUCGAGCAGGUCAUGGCGUGUCCGCCCGACGAGAACCUCAUGGACGCUGCCAAAGAAACCGGCCAGAGGAUGUACGUCGGGUUGAGUAGAGACGAGAAGCUCGACAAGAUUAAUCUGAUGAUGGCCGAACUGAAGAGAGCGCUAGAUGCCGCGACGUCCGAGCACAUGGAGAUGCAACGGCAAUUGACGUCUGAGGAGUCGGAAGUGGAGAGGGCAAAGCUCGCGUUCCUCAGCGGUCAGGCGGACGCUAAAGUACACGCCCUCUCGGUACUUAUGUUGCAUUACUGCUCGGGGCUGCAGUAUUUGCAAGAGAAAAUCGUAUAGCCCAGUGUUUUCGAUCUCGCACCGUUACUGAUCAGUAUUCGUUAUGAAGCGGGAACGUAAUAUGUACUUACAUUUUUUUUUAAGUAGACGUCGAUGUCAUUGGUAGGCGUAAUGUGGCCUAAGUAGUUUCAAACGGGCCGCGGCCGUAGUGCAUUAUUCACCCUGAUACCAGUUUACACUAGGCGCUCUUUUUUUUAGCGUUGGUUUUUAGGUCAGUUGCAAACGUUAUUUUCUUCGUUGAUAUUUGACUAAUGUACUUAUAACCUACAAAAUGCGAAUCGAAUGACGUUGCUAAUUUUCAAUCGACAAUUGUCAGCUAUGAUGCCAGUUAUAAUUACGUUGGCCAUUCUGGGUUUUGACGUUUGUUCAAAUGAUGUAAUUCAGACGAUUUGAUAGCUCUCACUUUGACUACGUAGUCCCGCGUUUUAUGCGUUCAUGACAACCCGAUUUUAAAAAAAAAAAAUUUCGCUUUUUAUACAAAACUUGAGCAGCGUUUGACAUUUUUUUUAGUCAUUUAGGACGAUUUUUAAUGACACUUUGGCCUCGGAAGGGUGCAAUUUCUAGUCAAUUAAACACGAGUAGUAUUAAUAUCCUUUUACAAUGAAACGAAACCAUUCCACUCUAAUUUUACUAAUUUUUUUUUCUAAAUUUGUGCACCAACCCCUUAUGAAAUGUUAAAUUGCAGUGUGAUAUUUUUGAGUAUUGUUAAUCUGUGGUUGUGUGUACAAACAGUUUUUGAUUUACACUGUAUAUAUUAUAUAUAUAUUAAAUAAACCUGAUGGA